UGAAGAAGAUUGGACUUACUAAUCCUGUCUUAUGAGAAGAUGGAAGAAACGAAGCAUGCUCAAGCAAAGAUGUUAUCAGGCUUGACUUUCUCAGUUUUCUUUCUCCUCUUUCACUCACCUAUCUCCUCUGCCACCUCACCCCCGUCGCCGCCCAUCGUCUGCAUCGUCGGCGGCGGCAUCAGCGGCUCAUCCGUUGCCCACUUCCUCCGCCGGUACUCCCCUCAUACAGCACUUACACUUCGGAUCUUCGAGCGAAGCGGCGUCGUCGGAGGCCGGAUGGCCACAGUCGUGCUAGCCGGAGAAACAUUCGAGGCCGGGGCCUCAAUUCUUCAUCCCAAGAACUUCCACGCCGUGAAUUUCACCAAGAUGCUCAAUCUCAGUGUGAAGACACCUCCUUCUUCUGAGUCCUCUUUGUCUCUUGGGAUUUGGGAUGGUGAGAAGUUUGUGUUCAAAACCCUAGAUUCCAAUUCCAAGUCUUCCAUUGUUCAAAGAAUUGUGGCAAUUACCAACUCCGUGCUUAUGUUCGUGCGUUACGGCUUCUCUCUCCUCAAAAUGGAUAGCUUUGUUCAGACUACAGUUGAUAAUUUCUUGAAGUAUUAUGCAAGCUUUGAGUCAAGACCGGUUUUUGAGACUGUGGAUGAGAUGCUUAAAUGGGCAGAUUUAUACAAUCUCACUGCUCGGACAUUGCAAGAUGAAUUGGUUGAGGCAGGGUUAUCUCCCUUGCUGAUAGAAGAGCUUGUCACAGUUAUCACACGAAUUAAUUAUGGUCAAAGUGUCAGCAUCAGUGGACUUGCUGGUGCAGUUUCCCUAGCAGGAUCCGGUGGAGGGUUAUGGUCAGUUGAAAGAGGGAACUGGCAAAUUGUUGCCGGAUUGAUUAAUCAUUCAGAUGUUGUAUUGCACCGUCAUGAAGAAAUAGAAUCUGUUUCUUACCAUGGAGAGUAUUAUGAGCUUAACUCCACAAAAGGAAACAGUUACAAGUGUGAAGUCGCAGUGAUUGCUACUCCACUGGAUGAGCUGAAUAUUCAUUUUAACCCUCCAAUUUCAAUUCCUAAGAGAAAAUUACAACACACACAUGCAACUUUUGUAAGGGGUCUGUUAAAUCCUGCAUAUUUUGGCUUGGUUGCUGUAUCAGAAAUUCCAGAACUGGUGGGUACCUUGGAGGAUCCCAACCUUCCAUUUUCAAGCAUAUCUGUUCUCCGGAAACACGAUGAGAAGGAUAUGUCUUACAAGAUAUUUUCUCGUAAACCAAUGGCUGAUGUGUUGCUAGACCGCAUCUUUAGUUUGAGGAAGGAAACAAUUCGAAUAAAUUGGGGUGCGUAUCCUCAUUACAGUGCUCCUGAAGUGUUUGCGCCAUUUGUAUUAGACGGUCGACAUUUGUACUACGUGAAUGCUUUUGAGAAUGCUGCAAGCACCAUGGAGACAAGUGCUGUUGCAGCUGAGAAUAUAGCUCGACUGAUCUUGUCCAGAUAUUCUGGUCUAAUGCUCUCAAGUCCAUCAAACUUGAAGAGCCCUGGCUCUGAUGAAGAGGAUUUGCAUUCUGAUCUGUAACUUAUGCCUAAUUAUUGAAUGUGACCUUGCUUCAAACCUUUUGUGUUGGGAUGAAAUUAAUUACCCAGAAGAUGUGUUACAUCAUGAAAAAUAUCGUACUUUGAAUGUCAACUGAUCUUGAAACUAAAUGGAAGAAAGGUACAGAAUAAACCCCUAGUAAUAAAUGUAUCUGCUCCAGUGAUAGCUCUGUAAAUUUGAAUUCAGUCUCUUGAGGAGGCUGCGUUUGUAAGAUACAAUGGAGAAGAAUGCUUCUUGUUCUUUCGUUGCAGAACUUGGAUAUCUUAGAGUUACUUUUGGCAACACUGUCAUUUCAUGUUUAUUUGGGUUUCUUUCACUUGAUUGAAUGGAAUUCAUUUUCUUUUGUUA